AGAGAAAAAAAACAGCAUGGAUAAUGUUGACCAAUUCUUUAAGAAUUCACAUUACAAAAUUGUUCGCCUGCUUUUAAGUAUUGUAGGUCUGUGGCCCUUUCAUACUUUAAGAAGACGCUGCACGAUAUACUUCGUAAUGAUACUCUUACUCGGAUCUGGAUUUACAUGCGAGAUAUUAGGAAUACUGGAUAUUUGGCGCGAUACCUUCGAGCUAUUAGAUUCUCUGCCAGUAUUUCUUUUCGCUGUAGUAGCUAUAAUUAAAACGAUUUAUGCAAUAUAUACAUUACCAAAGAUAAAACUACUUCUAAUUAAUAUGCGAGAGUACCAUCUUUCCCCAAAAUCGGACGAAGAAGCUAAAAUACAUAACUCGCACGCAUUGUAUGCACGAAAUUUUGGAUACAUUUAUACAGGUGUCGUACUUGGUCACCCCUUUAUUUUUCAAUUUAUGACACUAAUGGCCAAGAUUAACUAUCAGAAAUCCGAAGAGAACGUAACGUCAUCAAAUAAAGCGCAAGGAAUCCAAUCUGGAAUAUCUCAUCCCGUAAAUUAUAUGGUCGAUGUCGACACAUAUUACGUUCCAAUUUUCAUACACACGGCUGUAUGCGAAGUGUGUUAUACGUUUCUAACAGUUACAUUCGAUGUCCUGUAUAUAACACUGAUCGAGCAUUGCUGCGGAUUGUUAGAAGGCUUAAGAUGUAGAUUAGAAAAUGCAUUAAAUUUCCAAGGGAAUAAUGAUUUAAUGUUUACACAAGAUAAAUCUUAUUCAAAUAUCGUGUAUAGUAUUCAAAGACACACUGAAACGAUGCAAUUUAUUGCCAUUAUGGAGUCGGUGUACAGUUUACCUCUCUUUGUACACGUGGGAUGUCUUAUAAUAGCCUUAAGUAUUGUGGGAUUUCAGGUAAUAACAACUACGGGAAAUAUACAUCAUUUGAUAAAACAUUUCAGUUAUAUGAAUGCACUAUUAAUUAAUAUAUUUUUUGAAAAUUGGCAAGGUCAGAAAAUCAUAGAUUCUAGCGAGAAAGUAUUUGAUUCUGCAUAUAACGCACAGUGGUACAAUAUGCCGAUAGCGACAAGAAAGCUUCUUAUAAUGAUACUAAUGACAAGUAAAAAGCCAUUGAUAUUCACUAUCGGUAAACUUUUCUCAUUGUCAUAUAUAACUUAUAAUGCGGUGAUGCGCACAUCAAUGUCAUAUUUUAUGCUAUUACGGUCUGUACAAUAA